AUGGCACCUCAAAUAGCAUGGCUAGGCCUUGGGAAUAUGGGCAGGGGGAUGUGCAAGAACCUCGUCGAGAAAGGCAAGCUAGCCAACCCUCUGAUCAUCUACAACCGCACGAUCCAACGGGCCCAUGACCUCUCUGCCCAAAUCGGGAAUUCGACGGUGGCCCCCUCAAUUCCCGACGCUGUAUCGAAGGCCGACCUUAUAUUCUACUGCUUGGGCGAUGACGCGUCGGUGAUAUCCACACUCGAACAGAUUCUCGAGACCGAUGUCCAGGGCAAAAUCAUCGUGGACUGCAGCACCGUCCACCCAGACACCACGGCACAGGAAUCAAAAAUGGUUGAAGAGAAGGGCGGCAAUUUUGUGGCGUGUCCCGUUUUCGGAGCUCCUGCCAUGGCCGAUGCAGGACAAUUAAUCUGCGUCCUGUCUGGCCAAGCCGAGGCGGUGGGCAAGGUAAAACCAUACUGCAAAGGCGUGAUCGGACGGGAGAACAUCGAUUUCUCCGGCCAAGAACCGAGCAAAGCCACCCUUCUCAAAGUCAUUGGCAACACAUUCAUCAUGAGCAUGGUCGAAGCAUUAUCCGAGGGACAUGUGGUGGCCGAGAAAUCCGGUCUCGGUGUCGACUCAUUGCAUAAGUUCAUCGAGGUCAUGUUUCCCGGUCCGUAUACGGCUUACUCGAAUAGACUACGGACAGGAGACUACUAUAAGCGUGACAAACCGUUGUUCGCGGUGGAUCUGGCCCGUAAGGAUGCGGGACAUGCGAUGAACCUGGCCGAGAAAAGCGGAUGUCGAAUGAAGAACGUCGAACUUGCGGAUUCGUAUCUGAAAGUGGUCAAAGAGACUCAAGGUGAGAAAGGGGACAUUGCAGGUAUUUACGGCGCGAAGAGACUGGAAAGUGGAUUGAAGUUUGAGAAUCAAUCUUGA